AUGAGGGUUAUGCCUGAAGCGAUAAUCAACAUAGAUACACCUAAUUACACGGGGGAAGUACGUGCCGAAUGCGUAGACGAACCGCUGUAUGACCUCAUACUGGGUAACAUCCCAGGGGCUAGAAAACUGGACUGCCCGGAUCCAGGGUGGGGCCUCAAGGCGCCGGUUAUAGAGCUGCUAGAAGUCACAGCUCUUCAAUUAACGGGGCAGCAAAAGUCGGAUGAGAGUCUGCAGAGGUGUUUUAAAAGUCUGAAUAAACGAGUGCGGAAAUGGAGAUGUGACGUAGCAACGGAAUACGUCGUGAAGGAUGAUUUGUUGCUCCGUCGAGUCGAAUUCAGCGACGGGGACGUGAGACACCAACUCAUUGUACCAACGGUAUUUAGAAAGACUGUAAUGGAAUUGGCUCAGGAUGGAAUAAUGUCGGGCCAUCAGGGGGUAAAGAGCACGGUCGCUAGGGUAGCGGAAGAAUUGUUUUGGCCUGGUAUGCAAGGUGACGUGAAACGUUACAUACGGUAUUGUGAUGUGUGCCAACGCACUAUACCAAAAGGCCCCGUGAAAAAAGCUCCAAUGAUGAGUAUGCCCAUAAUUGAAGAACCCUUCCACCGGGUAGCGAUAUAUAUCAUUGGACCAAUAACCCCGAAGUCCAGCAAAGGAAACCAAUAUAUCUUGACAAUGGUUGAUGUAGCCACGAGGUACCCGGACGCUGUGGCAUUGAAAACCAUUGAUACACCGCAGGUGGCAGAAGCUCUAGUCGAGAUGUUCUCCCGGUACGGAGUACCUAAGGAGAUUCUGAGUGAUCGAGGUGGUGACUUCUGUCCUCGGGUCUGGGACGGCAUCCUAUGCUGGGAGAGUGCACCGGCCAACACGACCGCACGCGCGCCAUGUCCGGAAUACCUCGACGGUUUCGACACCACCCGGACUGCGAGCAAGCUGUGCACGGAGAAUGGCACCUGGUACCUCAACCCGCUGCAUGGCCAGACGUGGACUAACUACUCGCAGUGCUUCCUGGCAAAGACAUCGGACAGCCUCUCCAUGUUCGAGCCUCACCUCCCGACCAUCAAGCUUAUUUCGAAGAUUGGCUACACAGUGUCCUUCAUCAGUCUCAUCGUUGCCUUCAUCAUCCUGGCUUCUGUCAAGAAACUGCGGUGCCCUCGGAAUAGCCUGCACAUGCACCUGUUCCUGUCUUUCAUCUUGCGCGCCCUUGCAGUCUUGGUCAAGGACGCCAUCUUUGUGGACGGCAUUGGUCUCAGCCCCAACAUGGACUUCAGCCAGGACAACGCGGACUGCAAGGUGUUCACGAGUUUCUGGCACUACGUGCUGAUGGCCAACUACUGCUGGAUCCUCAUGGAGGGACUGUACCUGCACAACCUCGUCUUCCUCGCCUUCUUCACGGACAGUUCGGGGAUUAUAAGAUACGUCGCUCUUGGUUGGGGGCUUCCGAUACUGUUCCUUGUUCCUUGGGUAGCGGUAAGAGCAACGCUUGAAGACACGUAUUGCUGGACAACAAACGACACGAAAUCUUACUUCUGGAUUAUCCGAGGACCUAUCACGGCGUCGAUAGUGGUGAACUUCUUCCUAUUUAUCAACAUCACAAGGGUACUCUUUGUAAAGCUGUUCACCACCCAAACCCACCAAGCGAGGAAGUACAGAUACAGGAAGUGGUUCAAGUCGACGCUUGUGCUGGUCCCUUUGUUCGGCGCCCACUACGCCUUUCUCCUUGGAAUGUCCUUGGCGGCAGCGGGCGACCUGCUUGAGCUGGUGUGGCUCUACAUCGAUCAGCUGUUCUCUUCAUUCCAGGGAUUUCUGGUGGCGACGCUCUACUGCUUCCUGAACGCCGAAGUGAGCUGA